UCCAUUGGUGUCUGUCUGAUAAAUUUUUGAUUGUGUGCUGCGAUUUUUGAGAUAAUUCCGGGAGCGAAAAUAUCGUUGUGUUUACGGUCGCGUAAAAGGGCCGCGAAAAAUAGAUGGCAUGUGCAAGGUGCUACGGCGAAAACGACAGGUGUAAUAAUAAUAAUAAUUCACUUGGAGAGCUCGCAUACCACACUUAACAUGAUAAAUCCAAACUCCGAUUCGGAAUCGGUUAUAAGUACCGCUAUGGAACGAGUAGGCGCACGACAGAAGUCGAAGCAUGGAACAAGCGGGAGAUUCGCGACCUUUAUUUGGCGACGCGAGAGUAAUCCGCGACAAGAAUGCAAGAGGAACGACUCGACGAAUGACACCAAGGACAUGGAGCAUAGGUUAAAAAAUCCUUCAAGUAGCAAGGUGUCGUUCAAUUUUUUCAGGAAUAUCAAGAAACACUUGCAAAUAAAAAACCUGUGCAAAUCCAAGCAAAAGAGCAGAGAGACAGAUGUGUUAAGCCCUUGUUCAAAUCAGAACAACAUUAUAUCUGUUCAUGAACCUUUUCAUUCUUGCCAAGAGCGAGAACUUUCAAAUAACGAGCAAGAGAUCUCAUCGAUCAGACAACCUUUGUAUGAAAAUAGAUUGGGCGAUGUACUUGAAAAUUCCUGCCAUAGUACUAAACAAAAUAUAGAUAAUAUUAAUACACAAUAUUAUGGUGCAACUGGCAUGAAUCUUCUUAUAGUUCCUACCAGGCAACGAGAUGAAUUAAUACAUGAUAUUGCAACUGUUUAUGCAACACCUAGUUGUUCCGAUGCUACAAUGGCAGUUCCUAGUGCAAUAGCGAAAGUUCCUUGCAAUAUGAAUGAAACGAUAAGUAAUGAGCAUAAAGUCAAAGCAAGUCUUGCAAAAGAAUUGCUCAAUUUAAGUAAAUAUGGAUGGUAUUGGGGUCCUAUAUCGGGAGAUGAAGCUGAUGCCAAGCUCAUAUCUGAACCAGAUGGUGCAUUCUUGGUUCGAGAUUCAUCAGACGAUAGAUACGUCCUAACGCUUAGUUUUAAAUCAUCUGGGAAGAUGCUACAUGCGCGUAUGGAACACAGUGGCGGUCUAUUUUCUCUGUGCAAUCAAUGUACAGAGAGUGAAGGCUUUACUUCGGUGGCUGCUUUGAUAAAUCAUUCCAUGAAUUUCAGCCAAUCUGCUGUCAUUUGUUAUUCGAGGCCGAAAUAUCCGGGAUAUCCAUCUUUUCCAGUUAGAUUAACAAAACCAGUGAGCAGGUUUACACAAGUAAGAAGUUUACAGUAUCUUUGCCGUUUUGUCAUUCGCCAGAAUACUAGAUUAGAUAACAUACACAAAUUGCCUUUGCCAAAAACUAUUAAAGGAUAUAUUCAAGAAGCUCACUAUUGAUAUCUAAUGGACAGAAAGAUAAAUUUUAAAAAGAGAUUAAUGAUGAAAAUAUUUUUAUAAAAAAAUAUUCUAAGAAUAUUCUAUUCUUGUUAAUAAAA